CGGUCUCAUGGAAGGGUUACAUGCCUUCGAUACUGGUAGGGGAUGAUAUAGAGGACAAAGGGUUCUGCUAUGUUUUGCUUAGACUGUUCCAUCCUCCGACCCUACUUGCAGCUCAACUUCCGAUCCCUCGCUGCUUUGCCGUAAAAUGCCCUCGGCGAGCGGGAGAGUUUGGACGGGGCGCCUUCUUUGCUGGCCCCUUCUCUCCCUGCCGCGAACGACAUCCAGUCCUAGCCCUGAUAGGUCUUCAAGGAUUUCUUCGAUUUCCUUCUCGUUCAGGCCAAUAAAUUGGUCAGCUAUCUGCUUCGUCCUAUCCGCCAACUGCUGUCUGAGAGCACUGAGCUUUGCCGAGGGUUCGAUGACUGACGACCUAUACCAUGCAUCCUCCUUCUCGACUCCGUAUGAGCCGAAGGCAUCGAAGAAGGCCACCGCAGGGUGAAAAGACACCACCGCCGGCACCUCUUCUUCGCUCGUCUCAUCUACACUCGAAUCGUCUGGCUCCCAGCGAAACGCCUUCUCUACCCCUUUCAACAGGCUCUCCGUUGUCUCUCCGGUCAGCCACCUCCUGCCGUCGUCCAUCUUGACAAACCUCUCCAACACCGCCUCAACAUUAUACAACUGCAAGACCUCCAAAUCUUUCAAUUCCAGCUCCUCGACAGCAGAGCAAAGGUGAUGAUAGAGAUCCUCCAUCAGAACGUAAGAACGGUCGACGAGGUUCAUCAACUGCUCGUAUCGUAUCCUGCCCUUUCUAGGCCAACCGAUGGAGCCAAAGACCCCCGAAGGAAGCUCGAUGUCGCCCCACAGAAGUAGAUGCAGUUCGCGGAUUUUGGAGCACCUCGACCACAAGAUGUGGAGUGCAUCCGCGAUAGCGACAUCUUCAAAAGCUGCCAGUUCGGCAGCAUGUACCCUCAACACAACGGUGUGUACGUUCGGGAGGAGAGGGAUAGGCUGGAGACAAUCUCCGCUGUUGGUAUAGCAAGGGGUAGCGAUGUGAAUUCGGGUAGCAGAACAGCAGAGUCUUUCGAUGAGGGCACUGUCGGGACUGUCGGACAGAUCGGUGUCUCCUCCCUCUCCCAGUAGGGUCUUUCUCAGUAGGGACGAGGCGUCGGGGGGCUGGAAGGUGACAUCCUCGACAGAAGCGAGGGGAGGUAGCUCCUCCCAUCCCGCCCAGAUAGGACGUUCGGGAACCGGCGCCCUUUCGACUACCACCGUCCGGACAUACGGGAAGAACUGCCCUUUGCCGUACGGUCCACAGCCGCCCCAUCGGUCGCCUCCACGACUCGAGCUGGAGAAAGGAUUGAGUGCAUUGGAGAUGGGAAGUUUAGAGUAGAGCUUGCGGCCGGCAAUGUGAAAGAAGAGGGGAGAAACCCGCAGGAAGGAUGCGAGGUCUUUGCUGGCGAAGGACUAAACACACCUGGGAUCCUCGGGGACGUCCUUGGGACGUCUCGGCGCUGGCGGCAGCGACAAGGCGAAGAGUGGCCGCUUGGUCAGAGAAUCCGAUGACGCGAGGGCUAGCGAGGCGAUGGUCGUAAAUGUAGAAGGCUGGGUAUCUGGAAGACAGCGAGGUAAAAAAAUAUAGAGACCGCCCAAGAACGAAUUCGAGCUGAGUUCGAGUUUGGUUCCGUGUUUGUAUGUCAAAUAUGAUACAAGG